AUGGAGAAUUAUAGCAAGGCGUCAGCUAAUUUGGUCCAGCCACCCCCAUUCUCUAGGAGGUUCUUUCACUUUAAAAAGGAAAAAAUUGCUGAACUCGAAGCAAAAGCUAACUCACAAGUAGAGGAUGGUGUCGUUAGCAACAAAAUCUCCUCCUUGCAUGCUGUGCUAGGCCAGGUUUGGAGGUCUGCAAUCAGAAAUCAGAAGCUUGACCCAGAAGAAGAAGUCACUUACAGAUUCCUCAUAUAUGCUAGAUCCAAAGUUUCUUACCCACCAAUUCCAGACAACUAUUUUGGACCCACCGUGCAAUUCACUACUGUGACAAUGAAAGUAAGGGACUUGGUGGGAGAUGGAGGCCUUGGGAAGUUUGGUUUGGAGUUGAACAAGGCAAUCUCAUCAUGCACAGAAGAGAAGAUCAAGAGAGACUUUGAAGCUUGGGUACAAAAUCCAACAUUCCGCACACAACGUGCCACAAUUGGGAAGUUCAUGGGAACUUGUAGCUCCCCUAGUACCAAAUUUUAUGACAUUGACUUUGGUUGGGGAAGGCCGGUGGCGAUUCACCUUGGUCCCGCCAACACAAGGUGUUGGAAGCUGGCGGCUGAUGCCGGAGCAGAAGAAGGUAGCUUUCACUUUGAGAUGUGUGCUUCCCAUGAAAUAUUGGAAGCCAUGGGAAGGGACCCUGAGUUCAUGCAUAUGGUGUCACCGCAGAAGCUGGCGUAG